UGCAAAGAGUGUCGGCGCCGCAAGGCACGCUGUGAUAAAGGCCUUCCGACCUGCGGCUUAUGCAUCCGAUAUCGCCGCCACUGCUUAUACGAGAAACAUUCCCGAACACCCUUGACCCGCAAGUCAGUUAUACUUCUCUGUCCACCUCUGUAUGACUUUGAAUGGUGCGAAAAGGAGGCGGGACCGAUUCGGGGCCUCUCGCCGAAAACUAACGCUGAGGGAAACGAGGAAGAAAGCCCCAUGUCAGACGGGAUGGCCUCUUUAACAGUUAACGAGCGCGGAGGUGGCUAUCUCGGCGUGGCAUCCGGAGCCGCCAUGCUACGUCUAAUCGAGCCUGUAUCCCGACGUCGAUCAUCCUCGCGACCACAACCACCCGACUCACUGACCUAUCCCAUGCCUCAACAACCAAGUCCCAAUCGCCACAUCACAGAGGCCAUGAUCGAUGCUUACUUUCGACUUUACCAUGUCAGCUAUCCGAUCGUUCAUGAACCAACAUUCAGGGCGCAAUACAGCGAGCUGAUACCACGGCCGAACGGAUCAUGCUGGACAAUCCUUGCCUAUGUUGUUGCUGCAAUCGGUGUUUGGACAUCCUCGGCCGCCUCGGACCCAGCACUCGACAUGGACCUUUUCUACCGAGCCCGGUCAAUGUUGAAUUUCGACUAUCUAGAAGUCGGAAACCUGCCCUUGGUUCAAGCCCUGACACUGAUCUCCAACUACCAACAGAAACGUGACAAGCCCAACUCGGGAUACAAUUAUCUUGGGUUGGCCGUAAGAAUGGCGAUGGGUUUAGGCUUACAUAAAGAAUUUGAAGGUUGGAAGAUUUCUCCUCUCAACAUGGAAAUCCGUCGAAGAGUCUGGUGGUCUCUUUGCGUGUUUGAUGUUGGUGCCACCAUCACUUUUAGUCGACCCGACGUCUGGCCCUACAAGGGAGUCGAUGUAUCGUUUCCUCUCAAUGUGGAUGACAAGGACCUCACUGCCGCCUCUCAAUCCUACCCCCCAGAGAGCAACGCCAUCACUCCUUAUACAGCUGUUUCAACACAAGCACGCUUUCACGUAGCUGCGCAUUUGUGCUAUGAAAAGAUCAUCUCUGGACCGUUCCCCACUGCAGAAGAGCUUCUUCGCCUGGAUUCUGAGCAUAUCGAACCAUGGCGGGCAUCUAUACCAGCCUACUUUUCCGAGCAAGUUGAGGUGCCCCCUCGCUAUGCUCUUAGCCAGGCUGUCAUGUCUUGGAGGUUACGCAAUUUGCGUAUUGUCAUGUACCGGCCUUUUGUGAUCCGGCGCGCCUUAAAAGGGCGCGCCGGAUCCGAUGAGGCAAGCAACAAGGCGUACUGCCGGUGUCUGAGUGACGCCAAGUCUUCGAUCGAGAUGAUUGCCGAGUAUUGGCGUGGGCAGGAACACAACAGACUGGCGGCUUGGUAUAGUCUUUAUUUCCUGUUUCAGGCAGCUCUUGUUCCUUGCAUAUGUCUGCGGAACAAUCCCAGCGCCCCAGAAGCAAAAGACUGGCGAGCUCAGAUUGUAUCCACUCUCCAUGUCAUCACAGCUCUAUCUUCAUUCAACACCAGCUCUGAGCGUUGCCAUCAAAUCAUUUUAGAUUUGUGC